CUCGUUCUGUGUUUCUCGCUCCCAACGCUAACAUACGAGACUUCAGCCAUUAGGCCUAUGAACAAAAAAGAAAGUACUGUACUGUGUACACCAUGGGUUACACAGAAACGUUUGUAACAUAAGUGGAAUUCGGAAAGCUUAAAGCAUGGUUACUGCGGAAAAUACACAAAUGGUCCCAACAGAGAAUGUCUGUGUAGCUGAUGAAGAAAAGAUUUUAUGUAUUGUCCGGGACAUGCUAGAUACUGAGUGCCAUGGGAUACGCCAUAGCAUAAACUUACCAGCCUCAACUAUGGUGAAGGACAUGAUAUCUCAAGUGGCAAAGCAGUUUGGUUAUAUAGAUGACACAAUUGAUAUUACCUAUGAAAAGCAAACAGGAGCUGAGAUACACGAGGUUUCUUUGGGAAAACUUGAGUAUAAGAAACUACAAGAGGUGUGUUUAUCUGGAAUUAAGAAACACAACUUUACAAUUACAGAAAAGGAGGAAACGUUACCACAGAAAGUACAGAGAGAGACUUCCUCUGAGACUACGACCUCUUCAUCUGGUGUAUCCAGUUCCUCAGGUUCCUCCUCCUACGUUAAUGGAGCCUCCACAUCAACCAGCACCUUGGCUGCAACAGACACUUGCUUUCCUAACCAAGAAAGCUACUCCUACGCUACUGCUGUUAUUAAAUCUGACACAGAUUAUGUUGGACUAGUGAACCAAGCGAUGACCUGUUACCUGAACAGCCUUUUACAGACCUUGUAUAUGACCCCAGAGUUUAGAAAUGCAGUGUACAGAUGGGAAUUUGAUGGAAAAGAAGAUAAUAUGGCCAAAAGCAUUCCAUAUCAGUUACAAAAAUUGUUUCUUUUGCUUCAGACCAGUAAGAAAAAGGCUAUAGAAACCACAGACCUGACGAAAAGUUUUGGCUGGGAUAGCAGUGAAGUGUGGCAACAACAUGAUGUACAGGAGUUGUGUAGAGUAAUGUUUGAUGCCUUGGAGCAAAAAUGGAAGAAAACAGACCAAGCAAAUCUGAUCAAUAAUUUGUACCAGGGCAAACUGAAGGACUAUGUCAAAUGUCUGGAGUGUGGAAAUGAGAGUGCUCGAUUGGAUACCUAUCUUGAUAUACCUCUGGUAAUCCGCCCAUUUGGCUCAAACGAGACUCAUGGCAGUGUUGAUGAGGCUUUGCAGGCUUUUGUGGAACCAGAGACAUUAGAUGAGAAUAACCAAUACUUCUGUGAGAAGUGUAACAAAAAGUGCAAUGCACACAAGGGACUAAAGUUUGUUUCUUUUCCAUAUUUGUUGACUAUGCAGUUAAAAAGAUUUGACUUUGAUUACACAACACUGCAUAGGAUUAAGUUGAAUGAUCGUAUGACUUUUCCUGCAGUUCUGAACUUGAACCAUCUAAUUAAACCAGAACAGGUUGGUUCUGAGGAACCCACAAGCAAUUCACUGGAAGUGAGCAGUGAUGAAGGUAUUGAUGAAGGCAUAGAAAUUGAAUCCAACAUGACUGGAACCUCUGCACAUAAUGUUAGUUUAUCAAGUGAAGCAGUAGCUAAUGACAAAAACGUCAAAGCUGCAGGGGCAAAGGGUCCUUAUGUUUAUGAGUUGUUCUCCAUAAUGGUGCAUUCUGGUAGUGCUGCUGGAGGCCAUUAUUAUGCCUAUAUCAAAUCUUUCAAAGAUGGAGAGUGGUAUAGUUUCAAUGAUCAACAUGUCUCUAAGGUUACAUAUGAAGAUAUCACCAAGACGUAUGGGGGGUCAAGUACAUCCAGGGGCUAUUACUCCUCAACCUACACAAGUUCAACAAAUGCUUACAUGCUGAUGUAUAGGCAGAUUGAUAAGCGAAAAAAUAAAGAUUUUAUACAGCCAGAAAAUUUUCCUGAACGCUUGAAUCUGGCACUUCAAAGUAUAAAGGAAAGGGAGGAACAUGAAAUUCGCCAAAAAGAACUAGAAAAAUCCACAUGCAAGAUAAAGGUAUACUACUUUCAUCCAAGAGAAAGAAGGAAAAUAGAGCAAAAGCUUGAGGUUCAUAAAGACAAGACAUUGAAGGAGGCCACAGAGAUUUGUUCUCAGUUGUUCAAAAUAGAAAAAUCUGUUCCACUGGAUUGUUGUCGCCUAGUAAAAUUUGAUGAGUAUCAGGACACUCUUGAGUGUUCCUUUGAGAAUGAGGACGACACUCCCAUGGGUCUCUUGCUGGGAGGGGUGAAACAGGCCUAUAACUUUGACCUCCUUCUUGAGACAAAGCGACCAGAGCAAGUGUUUCAGGAAUACAGACCUGGUGGUGUGACAGUGAAGCUAUAUGUGGCCGAUCUACAAAAUGACAUCAUACAGGAACCGCCGGUCAGUGUCCGGGCAUACCACGCACAAACAGUCAGUCAAUUUAAAUCAAUGGUGGCAGAGGUUUUAAAUGUCUCAGCUGACAAAAUGAGAUGUGUUUUAGAAAGGUUUCAUAAUGACCUAAAAUUCUUGUCUGUUCCAAACAAGACUUUGAAAGCUGAAGGUUUCUUCAAAAGCAACAAGGUGUACAUUGAGUUUUCUGGAGAGGAAGAGGCCAGCCACUUCACACACACUCACUUCUUCAGAUUGCUGGACCGGCACCAGAACACUAUCAGGAUUCAUGUUAAUCUCCCACCAUCUUCUGAUGUAGAAGAUUUCUUGAAAUCAAGUUCAAGACAUGACCAACUGAUGAAGAGUGCCAUAACGUCUGGAAAAUCUAGAGAAGACAGUUCAACCUCCCUGGAAGUUGGAAGUAAGACUGGCAGUGAUUCAUUAGAUGAGGGGAUCAGUGAUCGUGGAAGUGACAGUGAAAUAGAGUUCAAAACAAAAAAAAUUACACUGUCCAAAAGUGAUCCUUCAAUUUACCACAGUUGUCAAUCAAUUGACAUUGGACGUGUCAGCUUUCAUAGCUCUGCUUCAGAGGGAAGGGCCUGUAGUCCAGUCGGACUCAGCAGUAGCAGUCAGGACACUAGUACUAGUGCAGAGUUUAAUGUUCCAACUAGUUACAGGGGUUUGUGUAAUAUUUAUGAUGGACAUGAAGAUGCUACAGACAGUGUACUAGGAGAUUCAAAUGGGCGUGAACCAGUGGAGCACGGAGAGAGUGACUCUGAACAGACUGCCCCACCCUCUCCAGGGGAACGAGUGAUUCAUGAUACUGAUUUUAAACAAGAAGGGAACUGGGACUCAGAUUGUGAUAAUGAUGUGACUGUUACAAAGGAGGAAGUUUCAAAGCGAUACUUCCACAUUGUUCUUAAUGAAACAGAUGUGCUUACAAAACAAAGAAAUUUAACAGUGCUGGUGGAUAAGCGAAUCACACUGGGAGCUUUCAAAGGAGAAUUAGAACCUCAUGUAGGAACAACAUCUGAUAAUUUUAAGGUUUACAGAGUUUACUCCAAUAAUCAAGAAUUUGAGAGUAUAAGAUUAACUGAAACGCUUUCAUUUUUUGAGGAUGGAAAGUUGAAUAUUAAGUUGGGCAGAGCUCUAAAGCCAGGAGAAUACAGGGUGAAAAUUUACCAGCUUCUUGUCAAUGAUCCAGAGCCUGGAAAGUUUCUGAUAGACACAAUAUUUGCCAAAGGAAUGUCAGUGUUGGAAUCAAAGAAAUUGGUCAUCCCAGAGAUCAGAGAACAAUGUGGAAUAGAUAUUCCUUUGGAAAGAUGUCGACUGAGGAAGAAAACCUGGAGGAAUCCUGGGACAGUGUACAUUGAUAGCCAAAUCUAUGAAGACGAAGUCCAUAUCUUUGCCAACUGGGAGGUCUUUUUACAGAUCCUAGAUGGUCCAGAAGAGAUGACAUCCACAUCACAGCUUGCUAUUUUUGUUCGACGCUGGAGACCAAGCACGUAUGAACUAGAUCCAUUUCAGGAAAUCAUUCUAUCAUCCCAGACAGUAGAUGACCUGAAAGAGAAGAUCUCUGUUUUAAGUGGAAUUCCAGUAGAGGAGAUUGAAUAUGCAAAGGGUAGAGGGACAUUUCCCUGUGACGUUUCCUUGCUUGAGAUUCACAAUGACCUGGACUGGAGCCCUCACGUGACCAGUCUGAACUCCUGGCCUCUGUAUAUCUGUGAUGACGGCUGUGUACUCUACUACCGAGAUAAAACUGAAAAGCUGGCUGAUUUAUCAGAAGAAAGAAAGAAAGAACUACAGCAAAAGGAAAAUGCAAGAAUGGCUAGAGGAACUGUGCGAUCAUCAUACUCCCCACGAAAAGAAAGAGCUCUGAAAAUCUACAUGGACGAAUCACCAAGUUCUUGCGUCAGCAAAAACCCUCCUGAUUUAGACUAAGAACAGAGUUGUUUUUUUUCAUUUUGUUGUAACAUUAUAUUGCAUAUUGAUUGCCUAAUGAGUUACACAUUCAUAAAAAAUGUUUGUGCUCUUCAUUUUUGAUGUGUAAUUUGAUCUCAUUGGUUGCAUCUUUUCAUGUGAUUCUAAAAUUAGAGACUACAAUACCUAUAGCUAUUGAGUGAUAGUAAAUUAAAUGAUGGAUAUUGUGUUGACUGUAAUCUAAAGAGGUAUUACACUGUUGAUGUUAAACAAUUACAAUUCAAAAUUUACUUUAUGUAUACAAAAUAGACUGAAGUAUCAAUAUUUGCAAUUGGAUAAAAUAUGGACAUUUGUGGCUUCCUCUUUCAAAUCUGUAAAAGACUUGUUGAUUUGAUUGAAUAAAAAAAAUUAAAAAAUAAAUCAAGGUCUGUCUUAAA